AUGCAGGCCUCGCCUUAUUUGGGGAAAGGUUUCAGUCAGAAUUCCAAUCUAGUGAUACACCAGACAACACAUACCGGAGAGAAACUAUAUGAAUCACCGGUUUGUGGAAAAAGUUUUUGUCCGAAUCCCCACCUGGUAAUACACCAGAAGACUCACAUAGGAGAGAAACCAUAUGAAUGUCCAGGUUGUGGAAUAGGAGAGAAACCAUAUAAAUGUCCAGAUUGUAAGAAAAAUUUCAGUCGAAAUUCCAGCUUGGCAAUACACUGGAGGACUCACACAGGAGAGAAACCCUUUGAAUGUCCUGACUGUGGUAAAACUUUCAAUCGUAAUUCUAGCCUGGUGAAACACCAGAGGACUCACACAGAAGAGAAACCGUAUCAGUGUCUGGAUUGUGGGAAAGAUUUCUGUCAGAAUUCCAACUUAGUAAUACACCAGAGGACUCACACCGUGGAGAAACCUUUCAAAUGCCCAAGUUACAAUGACAGUGAACAUCCUGAUUGUGGGAAAAGUUUCAUUAGAAAUUUCCACCUCAUGAGACACCAAAAGACUCACAAAGGAGAGAAACUCUUUGAAUGUCCUGAUUGUAGGAAAAGUUUCAGUCAUGAUUCCAACCUUGUGAAACACCAGAGGACUCACACAGGAGACAAACCCUUUGAGUGUCCUGAUAGUGGGAAACGUUUCAGUCAGAAUUCCAAACUGGUGAUAUACCAGAGGACUCACACAGCGGAGAAACUGUAUCAGUGUCCAGAUUGUGUGAAAAGUUUCAGCAGCGGUUCUGACCUAGUGAAACAUCAGAGGACACAUACAGGAGAGAAACCAUUCGAUUGUCCAGAUUGUUGGAUAGAAUUCUGUCUGAAUUAUCACCUUCUGAAACACCAGAAGAGGCACACAGGAAAGAAACAGAUUGUGUGA